AUGGCUAUGCCAGCGGACGCGCAGUACCAGCACACCAUCGACAUCCUCUGUCAGCAGUGCGUCUCUCCCGAAGAUGAGCUCACCAACGAUGCUGCCAUGGCCGACUUGCUCAACGAUCCGCUGCUCUCCGUCGCCAUCAGCACGCGACUGAAGAAAGAACUCCAGCUCGAUAUAGCUGCUGACGAUCUGAUCAAUCUGCGAGCGAUCAGCGACCUGAAAACGACCCUCCUCGGCAGCAGAAGCCGGUCCCCCAUGCUCGCAGUGAACACAUCGCCACAGAAUUGGCCCGCGGCAGACAGCUCCACUCCUGUGGACAAUCUCGUCGCUCCAUUUGACCGAAUGUCGCCUGUGACGCCUACGAGAAAGCCUUCUCAUGAAUUUCUGUCCACCUCUGUCGCCACUCCCAUUGACAAGAUCGCGCCCUGGAAGACAUCUUCAGUAAAUAUCGCGGCCAUUCCAAAGGAGGAGAUCGGCCCGUCGCCAUCAAACAAGCUUCCACGCACAACGCCAUCGGCAGCCUCUGUGGUCCUUCAAGGACGACCAGAAAGGGCGUCCAGAGCCGUGUUCCUGUUUCCCGAUGGGUCUGGUAGCGAACGGUCGUAUGUUCACCUUCCUCGAAUUGCGUUAGACCUGGUCGUAUAUGGGCUGCAGUGCCCAUAUCUCAAGAGUCCGAAAGACAUGCAAUGCACCUGGGACGAGCUGGUCGAGGCCUACGUGUCGGAGGUUCGCAAACGUCAAGCGCAUGGUCCCUACGAUUUCGUGGGUUAUGCAGUUGGUGGAGCACUUGCCUUUCGUGCAGCACAACUUCUCGUCGCUCAGAAUGAGAAGAUCAACAGUCUGACGCUGCUCAACUCACCUGUUCCCGAGGUCUUGGGUCAGCUUUCAGACGAGUUGUACGAGUACGUCAGGUCGGUCCGCGCCUGGCGAAGUGGUGAUUUCACACCAGAAUGGCUUCUGCCCCAUCUCAAGGCUUUCACGAGAGUGCUGAAUACAUACCGCCAAAGCAGAUGUAGCAUUGGUGCUGUCCAAAACGUGAGGAUUCUGUGGGCUAGCAGGGGUGUUUCUGAUAAUGCUCCUGCGCCGCCGCCAGCGCUUUCAGAUGGAGAGCAGACAGUCAUCAAGUUCUUGACUGAAGCAAGGACCGAUUUUGGACCUUGCGGAUGGGAGGUAUUGUUGCCUGGCAGCAAGAUUUGGAGUGGCAAGAUUGAUGCUGGCCACUUUGAGAUGAUGAGUUCCGAAUUCGCUCCUCAGAUCUCGACUUGUAUUGCAGAGGCUUUGCUAUGA